UAUAGUGCGGCAAGGCGCGGAGCUUGCAGUCACUUUGCGAGGAGGAGCGCGCGGGCUGCGGGCGGCUGGGGCAGCCGGGAGCGACGGCGGGCUAGCAGAGGCGGCCGUGGCAGCGGAAGGUUCUCUCUCCGGGGCUGGACUUAAUAACUUUGGAACUGUCCGCCGGUGUCACGUCCUGAACAUGAGCCUCCUCCUCUCCUUCUACCUGCUCGGGUUGCUUGUCAGUAGCGGGCAAGCUCUUCUUCAAGUGACAAUUUCACUUAGCAAAGUAGAGCUUAGUGUGGGUGAAUCUAAAUUCUUCACAUGUACAGCCAUUGGUGAGCCUGAGAGUAUAGAUUGGUAUAAUCCUCAAGGAGAGAAGAUCAUUUCCACGCAGAGGGUGAUGGUCCAGAAGGAAGGUGUCAGGUCACGACUAACCAUUUAUAACGCAAACAUAGAAGAUGCAGGGAUUUAUCGCUGCCAAGCGACAGAUGACAAAGGCCAGACACAAGAAGCUACAGUAGUUCUGGAAAUUUACCAGAAACUCACCUUCAGAGAAGUGGUAUCCCCUCAAGAGUUCAAGCAAGGGGAGGACGCGGAAGUGGUCUGCAGGGUUAGCAGCUCACCCGCCCCUGCUGUCAGCUGGUUGUAUCACAAUGAGGAAGUCACCACCAUUCCCGACAAUCGGUUUGCUGUGCUUGCAAACAAUAACUUGCAGAUUCUCAACAUCAAUAAAAGUGAUGAAGGUAUAUACAGAUGUGAAGGGAGAGUGGAGGCAAGGGGAGAGAUUGACUUCCGGGAUAUCAUUGUUAUUGUCAAUGUUCCACCAGUCAUUGUGAUGCCCCAGAAGUCCUUCAAUGCUACUGCAGAGAGAGGAGAAGAGAUGACAUUAACUUGCAGGGCCUCAGGCUCUCCAGAUCCUACCAUCUCUUGGUUUCGGAAUGGCAAGCUCAUUGAAGAAAAUGAAAAAUACAUUUUAAAGGGCAGUAAUACAGAGCUCACGGUCAGAAAUAUAAUCAACAAAGAUGGUGGUUCUUAUGUCUGCAAAGCCAUAAAUAAGGCAGGAGAAGAUGAAAAGCAGGCUUUCCUUCAAGUCUUUGUACAGCCGCAUAUAUUACAACUUCAGAAUGAGACAACAUCUGAGAAUGGUCAUGUCACACUCAUCUGUGAGGCAGAAGGCGAGCCUAUUCCAGAAAUCACCUGGAAAAGAGCAGUGGAUGGAGUCACAUUUUCUGAAGGUGAUAAGAGCCCAGAUGGCCGAAUUGAAGUCAAAGGGCAGCGGGGACAUUCAUCACUGCACAUCAGAGAUGUGAAGUUAUCGGAUUCAGGGAGAUAUGAUUGUGAGGCUGCGAGUAGGAUCGGUGGGCACCAGAGAAGCAUGCAUCUUGACAUUGAAUAUGCUCCUAAGUUUGUUUCAAAUCAGACAAUGUACUAUUCUUGGGAAGGAAAUCCAAUCAAUAUAAGUUGCGAUGUGACAUCAAAUCCACCUGCAUCAAUCCAUUGGAGAAGAGAGAAAUUGGUCUUACCAGCUAAAAAUACCACUCAUUUAAAGACAUACAGUGUUGGGAGAAAGAUGAUACUAGAGAUUGCCCCUACAUCAGAAAACGAUUUUGGACGAUAUAACUGCACUGCUACUAACCGUAUAGGAACAAGGUUUCAGGAAUAUAUUCUUGAGUUAGCAGCAAUGGUUGUCUUGAGCAGCCUGGAACCAAAUACAACUUAUGAAAUCAGGGUUGCAGCAGUAAAUGGAAAAGGGCAAGGGGACUACAGUAAAAUAGAAAUAUUCCAGACACUGCCAGUCCGUGAGCCAAGUCCUCCUUCCAUACAUGGACAGCCAAGCAGUGGGAAGAGUUUUAAAAUCAGCAUCACAAAACAGGAUGAUGGAGGGGCUCCUAUUUUAGAAUACAUAGUGAAAUACAGAAGUAAAGAUAAGGAAGACCAGUGGCUGGAGAAGAAGGUGCAGGGGAAUAAAGACCACAUUAUUCUGGAACAUCUGCAGUGGACGAUGGGCUACGAGGUGCAAAUCACAGCUGCCAACAGAUUGGGGUAUUCUGAGCCCACUGUAUACGAGUUCAGCAUGCCCCCAAAGCCCAACAUUAUUAAAGACACACUUUUUAAUGGUCUUGGGCUAGGAGCCAUUAUUGGCCUCGGAGUCGCUGCCCUCUUGCUAAUCCUUGUGAUAACAGAUGUCAGCUGCUUCUUCAUUCGACAAUGUGGGUUACUAAUGUGCAUUACUAGGAGAAUGUGUGGGAAGAAAAGUGGCUCCAGUGGAAAAAGUAAAGAACUUGAAGAAGGAAAGGCGGCGUACCUGAAAGAUGGGUCAAAAGAACCAAUAGUGGAAAUGAGAACAGAGGAUGAAAGAAUCACUAAUCAUGAAGAUGGCAGUCCAGUGAAUGAGCCAAACGAAACCACACCAUUAACAGAACCUGAAAAACUGCCUUUAAAAGAAGACAAUGGAAAAGAAGUCCUAAAUGCAGAGACUAUAGAAAUUAAAGUGUCUAAUGACAUCAUCCAGUCUAAAGAAGAUGAUGGCAAAGCAUGACCACAAGUUUCAGCACCUUGGUUAGCACCACAAAGAGCAAUUGGAUUGCCGUGACACUUUGACCAAAACUAUUCCAUUGACCUUAAUUUCUUGGAAAACGUCUAGCUUGGAAUAGCUUGUACACAUAUACAUAUGAUCAAUUCCUCCUGUCACAGUUCAUUUCCUUCUGUUAUUGCUGUUGUGGUUGUUGGUUUUGUUAAGUAUUUCAGUAUAAAGUCUUGAUUGGCACCAGUUUUGGGUAUCAGUUUGAUUCUAUGACUGAAGUGUUACAAUUUAUUAUAUGGCUUAAGGGCUUUUCUUUUUAAAUUUUUUUUUCAUGUAGCACCAACAAAUGUAUUUCAGCUCUCAAAAAUAUUAGGCUGUGAUAGAGGCAGAGCAAACUUAUUGUGAGAUAAAUGUGUACAAAAGCCCUGCAUGUUUAUGAAUCUUAUCUUGGGCAAACACACUAUUAAAAUGGCUUUCAGAUUAAGAUGAAGGCACAUAACAAAGGUUAUACUUUUUAUCAAGAAAAUUUCAGGGAACCCAGGCUGGAAGAAGCCAGUCAGUUAUCUUUUACAGAUAUUAGAGAGUGAAAAAAUGUUAGAGAACUCGUUUCAAAUUAUGACCACAUUGCAUUUUUGACAUUGAUCUUGGAUACAGUGAUACCAGGCCUAAACUGUUACAUAUCAGAAAGAAGAUUAGUUGUGUGUAAAAUUAGAUUAGAAAAACUCCCUAAAUCUUUUUUUAUGUAUACCAUAUUCACUCACAGUGGAUUACACAAAACGUAAAUGUAUUACAAGUAAAAAUGGUAUUGAUUUCUGCCCUCAGCUUCAAAUAAAAUGAAUUUAAAUGGGAAAA